AUGGCCGGCGGGAAUACCACCACCGACGAUGAAGCUAUCGUCGACGACAAGCUAGAACAGCGGCGGCCUGUCGUCGCCGUGUCCCUGUUGCAGCCCCGAAUCGCCGUCGUCCUCGGCGUCCCCAAGCACUGGCAUUACCCUCUGUCAAUAUGCCGCCUGCUGUCGAUUGCCCCCGCGAUCGCUUGGGGGCUGCGGUUUGCACUACGUUUCCUCAUCGAGGACUUCUUGCGCAGCGAUGCCUAUGGUUAUGGUCUUGAGGCUUUAAGCAUUGAUCAGCUGGGCAGAGUCAAGGCGACAGAGAGACUGCCCCUCGAACUGGGAGAAAGAAGGCUUAGGCUGACAGAGACUGCUCUGUCCAUUAUAUGGGUACGUACAUAA